AUGAUUCCUCGUUGGGCCAACGGCGCUGCAGCUGCACUCAUUCUCAGUACUGCACAGGCUGUAGACCCCAUUGUGGCCAAGGGCAAAUAUUUCUUUAAUACAGCGACUGGUGCGCAAUUCUUCAUUAAAGGCGUCGCCUAUCAACAAGGAGUGGGAGUUGGCGGAGCGGUCGAAGAUGGCAAGACCUUCACUGACCCGUUGGCCGAUUUCGACGGGUGCAAUCGCGACAUUCCAUAUCUUCAGCAAUUAGGAACCAAUACCGUGCGGGUUUAUGCCAUCGACAGCACGGCGGACCACACGCAAUGCAUGAACGCGCUUGAUGCCGCUGGCAUAUACGUAAUUGCUGAUCUCAGUGAGCCGGGAAUGUCCAUCAACCGUGAUGAGCCGCAAUGGACCACGGAUCUCUACACCCGGUACACAAGCGUUAUAGACAGCUUGGCCAAGUUUCCGAACACACUGGGUUUCUUCGCGGGUAAUGAGGUCACCAACAACAACACUAACACACCGGCGUCAGCCUUCGUCAAGGCCGCCGUUCGAGACAGCAAAGCCUACAUCGCGUCGCAAAAGUACGAUCACUGGAUGGGAGUUGGCUACGCCACGAAUGAUGAUGCCGAUACUCGCGACAACCUGGCAGAUUACUUCAACUGUGGAGACCAGGCUGCGGCUGUUGACUUCUGGGGUUACAACAUCUACGAAUGGUGCGGCCAGAGUACCUUCAAAUCCAGCGGUUACGAGGAGCGAACCACAGCCUUCCAGAACUACUCCGUACCGGCCUUCUUCUCCGAGUACGGCUGUAACAACCCUGGAGGCGGUGCCUCUCGAAUCUGGCAAGAGACGGAGGCCUUGUAUAGCUCUGAGAUGAACCAAGUAUGGAGUGGAGGCAUUGCGUAUGAGUAUUUUGAGGAGCAGAACGAUUUCGGUCUUGUGAAAGUCAGCGGUAGUGAUGUAACUCUCAGCAAGGACUUCACGGCUUUGGUAGACCAAGUCAAAGCCGUAGGGAAUGUACAGACGACAACUAAGAUGAAUUCUACCUCAGUAGCAGCCGCCAAUACGCCGCGCGAUUGUCCUGCGGUCACUGGCAAAGGCGGUUGGGCAGCCGCGGAGGCACUACCACCAACGCCCAACAAGAACACAUGCGAGUCUAUGGUAGCUUCUCUAUCAUGCGUCCCCUCAGAGAAGGUCGCGGCCAAAGAUGUCGGUUCCCUCUUCGGCACAGUCUGUGGUAUUGAUCCCACAGCUUGUGCGGGAAUCACGGCAGACGCGACAGCUGGCAAGUACGGUGACUUUGUCAUGUGCAACUCCACACAGCAACUGGCCUACGCCAUGAACCAGUACUAUGUCAACCAAGGCAAGUCGAAUGCGGCGUGCGACUUCAGCGGUCAGGCCAAGCUGGUCACCCCUACGCAGACCAAUGGUGCGGCUAGCGGAACUGGAUCGGAUGGAACGACUACGGGCAGUGGCUCGACUACAUCGUCUGGUAGCAGCUCUGGUGGAGGCUCGAGCAGUGGCUCCAGUAGUGGUUCCAGCAGUACUUCCGGUGGUACUACGGCGAACAGUGGCACGACAAAUAGCGGAACUACUGGAAACACAAGCGGGAACACUACGAGCGAGGCUUCGACCAGGUUUAGCGAUGUCAGGUUGAUUGGAUACAUCGUGGUGGGAAUGUGUUUGGUACUCACUCCGAUGAUGAGGUGA